GGAAACAAGCUUGCUAUGCAGGAGUUCAUAAUUCUUCCUACUGGAGCUGCCUCAUUCAAGGAGGCAAUGAAGAUGGGCGUUGAAGUGUACCACAACUUGAAGUCUGUUAUCAAGAAGAAGUAUGGGCAGGAUGCCACCAAUGUUGGAGAUGAAGGUGGUUUUGCUCCUAACAUUCAGGAGAACAAGGAGGGCCUUGAGCUCUUGAAGACUGCAAUUGAAAAGGCUGGAUACACCGGCAAGGUUGUCAUUGGAAUGGACGUUGCUGCUUCAGAGUUCUACAAUGACAAGGACAAAACCUAUGACCUCAACUUCAAGGAAUAG